GGGCAUCAGUCUUACUGUACAGUAAGACAUCACCUGUAGUCACGUUGCAUCUGUAUUUGCACCAGAGAAGAGAUGAGUGAUCUGAUAGCUACAUCUGAUAUGGUAACUGCAGAUUAUGAGCAGAAUUCCUCAGAUUACUACAAUGAAGAUUAUGAAGAUGAAAUGUGCGUAAAGACAGAGGUUCGGAAGUUUGGAGCGAUAGUCACAACGGUGUUCUUCUCUGUGGUGAUCGUUUUCAGCGUGGUUGGGAACCUAUUGGUCCUUGUGAUCCUGGGGAAGUAUGAGAACCUGAAGUCUAUGACCAAUGCCUUCCUGCUGAACCUAGCCUUAUCCGACCUCAUAUUCACCUUGGGGUUGCCGUUUUGGGCCUCUUAUGACAUCCACAACUGGAUUUUCGACAAAACCGCCUGCAAAGCUGUGAGCUUCAUCUUUGAUGUGGGCUACUACAGCAGCAUCAUCUUCUUGACCACCAUGACCAUCCACCGCUAUAUGGCUGUGGUCCACCCUAUGUCCGUGGUCAUUUCCAGAAAGAGCUUCUAUUGUGUGGUGACAUCUUCCAUCGUGUGGGUGGCCAGCUGCUUGGCCGCCACCCCGGCCCUUCUCUUCAAGACCAGCUAUGUCAAUAAUAAUGACAACUCCUUGCAUUGCGAGUACGAAAGCACCAGAUGGAAACUGGUGGGCACUUAUCAGCGAAAUGUUUUUUUCCUCAUUUCUUUUGCUGUUAUCAUUUUUUGCUACACUCAGAUCCUUCUACGCCUUUUUCGGCCCAAUUCCCAUACCAGGCACAAGACUGUGCGGCUCAUCCUCAUUAUUGUUGUGGUCUUCUUCCUGGGCUGGGCGCCCUAUAAUGUGACCCUGUUCCUGCAGUCUCUGGCUUACUGGCAGCUGAAGCCUUUCGACAGCUGUAAGAUCAACAUCACAGUGGACUAUGUGUUUUAUGUGGGUCGCCUGCUGGCUUUCUCCCACUGCUGCCUCAACCCCAUCUUCUACAUGUUUAUGGGCAUCAAGUUCCGCAACCAUCUGAAGCAGCUGCUGUGGUACUGCGGGGAUACGACCAACAUCCACCGACGCCACAGUCGCCUCAUAUACUCAAAUGCAAGUAUGCCAACUGUUACCUCCUUCCAAGACCAGUUUUGAAAAAGCCUCUAAGACGAAGAAUGGAUCUCAUUCUGACAUUCUGUAAAACCCCCAAAAUGUGUCAGCUGCAGUUACUCAAAGCACAAGUCUAUGCUAUAUUUGCUAACAUGGACCUUCUUUUUGCCAUCCAGGAGUGCAUCUCAUUCUAGUAGUAGUAGUAUAACUUUAUUUAAUUCUCGGAAAGUUCAGUUACAAUGAAGCUGAGAUUACAUGGCCAUAAAUAAAGUUAUACUACAUAGUUAGGAAGAGGAGUUCUGAAUCAUGACAUUGCAUGUAAAACCCCUGAAAUGAGUCAGCUGUUAUCCAAAGCACAAGGGUACUAUAAGGCACAGGAAAGUUAGGAUGAUUCAAAGGCCACACACCCACAGGGGGCCCUCAGUAUGUAAGGGAUGAUGUAUAGAAUGCCGCUGGCGGGCGAGUCAGGGUCCGGUUCGCCCUGUCGGGACUGA